AUGCCUUUUGGACUUAAAAAUGCGGGGGCAAGAUACCAGCGCGCCAUGAACCUCAUCUUUCAUGACAUCUUGGGGAAGCUGAUUGAAGUCUAUAUCGAUGACGUGGUAGUUAAAACCAAGACGCGCGCAACCCAUGUUAAAGACCUACAACAGGUGUUUACACUGAUGCGCCUGCACAAUCUGAAAAUGAACCCCACAAAAUGUGUAUUCUUCGUGGAGACCAGCGACUUCCUAGGUUUUCUCGUCCAUCUAAGGGGCAUCGAAAUCCCAAAGGACAAGGCGCAGGCGGUAAUCACCGCCUCACCCCCCACCACCAAGAAGGAGCUUCAACAGUUGCUUGGGCGAAUCAACUUUCUCCGCCGUUUCAUAUCCAACGCGGCAGAGAAGACUUUCUCGCUCAUCACCACCCAACCUUCAGAGCUCACGGCGUUUCGCGAGUUGGAAUUCGCUGUUGUAGCACUCACUCCGUGGACCCUUUACUUUGAUGGAUCACGGACUGAUACCGCAGCUGGAGCCGGGAUAGCCAUAGAAAAUCCAGUCGGAGAUCGCUUCUCCUACUCGUUCCAGCUCGAUUUCAAAUGCACCAACAACCAGACCGAAUACGAGGCACUCAUCAUCAGACUGGAAAUUUUGUUGGACUUAGGAGUCUGCGAAGUUCAAGUCUUUGGCGAUUCCCUGCUGGUCGUCAACCAGCUAGUAGAGAAAUUCAAGUGCUUAAGCUCGUCCCUUGAACCAUACCUGCGCAAGGCAUUCGAAGUGUUGGAUCAAUUCGACAACGUCUACAUCGAACACAUACCACGCGAGUUCAACUUCGCCGCCAACGAGCUCGCCCAAGUGGCGUCCGGCCUCAGCCUGCGUGAUGGAGUGCGCCAACGUUUGCUCAAAGUCGAGCGCCGUACCCUUCCCUCUUUCAUCGCUAGGAGGCAAUUUCAGGCCGACACCCCCGAGGUCGCGGCCUUAGACCCUAUUGAUGAGGAUUGGCGGCUACCAUUUAUCGCCUACCUCCAGAAUCCCAAUGACGCCACUCACUCUAGGCAGAUACAUUUCCUCGCCUUAAACUUUGUUUUACGUAAUGGCGAACUCCAUCAGCUUGGGGAGGACGGAAACGACUUCCGCUGCGUGUAUGGGAAUGAAGCUAAGCGUCUCAUGCGCGAAGUACAUUGUGGGGUUUGCGUUUCGCACCAGGCAGGGCCAAAAAUACAUUGGUUAAUUCACCGCCAUAGGUACUACUGGCCGACCAUUUUAAAAGACUGCAUUGCCUUUGCAAAAGGUUGUCAAGACUGCCAGGCUCACGGACCAGUGCAACACAUCCCCAACAUUCCGUUGCAGCCUAUCAUUAAACCUUGGCCGGGUCGUGGAUGGGCGAUAGAUUUCGUUGGCAUUAUUCAUCCACAUUCUUCUGAGCAGCAUAAGUUCAUUAUCGUCGCCACCGACUUCUUUACCAAAUGGGUCGAGGCCGAACCACUCAAGGUUGCCUCCGCCAACUCGGUCCGCAACUUCAUUUUCCGCAAUAUCAUUUCCCGCUUUGGUAUUUCGGAGUGCAUCGUUACGGAUAGGAGGGCAGCUUUCAUGGCUGAUUUAGUCGUUAAAUACUUAAACGACUAUGGCAUCAAGCUCCUCCACUCUACGCCAUAUUAUACACAGUCCAAUGGCCAGGCCGAGGCCAGUAAUAAGAUCAUACUUGGCAUUCUCCGAAAGAUGCUGGAGUUGAACCCGCGUGUCUGGCAUGAGGAACUUUACCACACCUUGUGGGCUUACCGCACUUCAAAGCACAGCCCGACGGACACUACCCCGUAUGCUCUUAUGUAUGGUCAUGAAGCUGUCCUUCCCCUUGAGAUCAAUAUAGCUUCGCUCCGCGUUCAGGAACAGCACCAACUACUUGGCGAAGAUUACGUCCAAGCUAUGUGGCAGGAGCUUGAAGAUCUUAACGAACACCGCGUCACCGCUUUCAACAAUCUCAUCUUUAGAAACAGCACAUCACGCGGUCGUACGAUAAAGUCACGCGAGGACGGAGCUAUGCUGAGGGCCAAAAAGUGUGGCGCGCGGUACUCCCACUUGGGGAAAAAACCGAAAGUCGGGGCAAGUGGUCCGCUCGAUGGGAAGGACCCUUCAUUAUUCAUCGUAUACUCCCCAAAAGGGCAUACCACCUGCGCGACCUGA